AUGGCAAAAUUGAAUGCGAUAGUGUUAAUAAUGAUGGUAGUGAUUGCUAUUGCGAUCACAGUAGAAGCAUAUGACUACAAAAAAUUUACGGAAUGUAUUCGCAAAUGUGCUAAACCUUGUAAUCCUCACGACGGUAAUUGUGUUGAACGUUGUAAAAUUAAAUGUGGUGGCCCGAACCCUCCUCAUGGUCCUGGAAGACCCCUCCGUCCUCCUAGUUCCGCACGGUAUUAA